CACUCCUCGUGUUGUGACAUACACUCCUCGUGUUAUGACAUACACUCCUCGUGUUACUCCUCGUGUGACAUACACUCCUCGUGUUGUGACAUACACUCCUCGUAUUGUGACAUACACUCCUCGUGUGACAUACACUCGUAUUGUGACAUACACUCCUUGUGUGACAUACAUUCCUCGUGUGACAUACACUCCUCGUGUUGUGACAUACACUCCUCGUGUGACAUACACUCCUCGUGUUAUUGGGUUAAAGAAGAAGUUUUUGAGGAAAACAAAAUCUUGACACUUUACAUCAUCACACAAGAGGCCAAUCGUAACCCUCUACCACGUAGGUACUAG